AUUUGUUUGAGGAAGAACUGAUACUCAUACCAAUGGAUUCCGAUACCAACAUCAAGAAGACACAGCAACGUAGAAAUAACGUCGAAGAAACAAUUCCACAUAUUACAAGUCGGCAGAGUACAGAAGCUUUCAAGAAAAAGAUCAAGAAGAUGCCACCUAGUCCAGGAGAGAGUCCGCGCGCUGCCCAGCCUCUGUUUAGCCGAAGGAAUGCGGGACCGUCUGUCACGGACCCGAAUCUGGUGCGGCGGGGUCUUGGCGGUGUCAUCCAGUCUUUCGAUGAACAGCAGACCGCAGCGAUCAGCAAGGCUAAUUAUGGCUCAACAUAGAUUUCCAUUUCGUUUUAUUUCAGCUAAUAUACUUUGGUUGGUCCCGGUGACCACGGAGUCGACACCAAUGCAACAUGGCAGAAAGAUGAAACGACCAUCGAAGCACACUCAACAUUGCAAAUCAAUUUUGAUGUAGCUCGUGCUACCAAGUUUUGGUUGUUCUUUCAUCGGUUCUAAUUUUCGGCCAUCUUGCACGAUGUACCACAAGACGCUGGGCAAGACGUCGGUGGGGACGAAGAGCGACAACGUGGGGGUAGCCAUGGUGCUGGUAGUGAACAGAUCGGUGGGUCGUCGUCCAGCACAGCGCGAAGUCCAGACAAACAGAAAAUGGCCGAAUCUCUUGUCAGUGGUGAGCAGCAAGAUGUUUUGGCGCUAGACCCCAAGCUCGCAAAGAAGCAGAUCCAAAAGGGGUUUCAGGGGGGAGACCCGAAUGCUGAAGAGGCAGUUGCUUUACAAGUAGCUGAGCCGGACUCGGCCGUUGGGCCGGACGCUUACAGUGCGGACCUUGUCGCGCGCGGACCACAUUUGUCCAACUAUCUGGACAGGGAGUUUUUAGAAUCUGCGAUCAGCACCUACAAUAGGCUCGCUGAACAUGCCAGGUAUCUCCGGACGUAGAAGAACAAGAGGCGACUCUACGAUUUUCUUCACUUCAACAUGUUCCUUCUUUCAUCUUUCAUCUAGGACUAGGAGUUGUUCAUGAUAUCAAAGAAAUCCUCUACAAUAUAAUUGCCAUGUUGACGAAAAAAAAAAUAUUUCCAAGUUCAACAAAAAGGAGUGUGCUUCUAAUUGUAUGUUCAUUUUUUGAAUUUUAGGAAUAAGCAGCAAUACAAGAUCGGCAUUGGGCAUCUGCGAAGAGCUCUUUCAUUGGAACAGUCAGGCGUAGUUCCUCCAGACGACUGGCCUCUAAAAGUGCUACUCGCAAAAACACAGGUACUACAGCCACUGCUUUCCAACAAGAGACGGGUAUGUACUGCUGCUCUUAUUUCUUAGAGUACCUAAUUACAAUAACAAUUUGCGUUCGACUUUCCAUUUCAUAUGUAGCGAACGAGGGCCUAUCUGGCACUUGCAUCCGCUCACACACUCUCGAGGUAAAUGUCGCAACAUUGCAGUAUCUCUUGAAUCAGCCACACGAAAGCCUGCUCGAGGCCGCUUUGGCGCGCGACCGAAGUUUAGAAUGUCUCAACUACCUGGAUAGUGAGACUUUUUCCGCGAGGAAAGGCCAGGAAGUACCGAUUUUUGUUCAGCUGCCUCGUCUUAUCUUCUUUGGAUCGAACAAAGAACAAUUCAUUCGAAGCUUUUACAGCUGCUUUGUUAUCGGCGCGGAGUAGCCUUCAUUUCAACAUCAACAGCUUGUCCGAUGUUAAACCUUGACUCCCUUCCCCAUUACCACAAUUGCACGUUCAGGAUCCAGAUCUACUUUUCUUGCUGGAAGAAAGUGCGGUGACAUUCUGUCUUGCUCUGCAUUCUGCAGCUCUCGCAAUGAAGCAACUACCGGGAACAGACGCUGCAGGCAUCUUGGAAGUAGACCGCCUCGCCUGGAAAAUCGGGACCAAGUACCUAGAUCGUACCCAUCCUUGUCUCAGUUUUUUGAGGAAAGCCUUCGAAACGAGAGGGACCCUGACAGCGGAAGAAACCUUGUUGGAGGAGAGCCCUGAAGCGAAAGAGGCACGACUCGGCAAACACGCGCAGCAGAAAGCGAAGAAAAGAAUGGUGAGCAUCUCAUCUUAGCAGAAGUUUCGGGAAGAUUAUUCUUCAUAUUUUUGUGCCAGUAUAAUCUCAUCUAAAAUCUAUACCUAUGAUGCGUUAACAACCAGUACAAGUACGUAGUGUUCGUGUUUCAGGUGGUCGGCCAAGAGAAGUCUAUGUUGUUAGUCAUCAUUCACCUUGUCAUGGAGAUGGGCACCCUUCUCGAGCUUUUGAGAAGCAAGCAGAGGUCAUCACUUCGUACACAUUGUUGGUGAUGAUCAUGAUGUCGACCCUCUUCUACAACAGCUUGUCCGCGAACUGGAAGAUCUACAGCACGUUUUACGGGACGGCACUGAGGAAACCGACUUUGGCAAAGUUUGGGACGACAUCCUGGUAGUGAAACAGAAAGCGGUGAAUUUCGAGCUCAAUUUACAGUCUGAGUUGCACAUGCUAGAGGCAGAAUUUGUGCGUCGUCGGCGCGCCGCCAACGCCGAAGUCGCCGCUAAAGGUGCAGGUCCGGCUCCGAAAGGUGGACCACCACCACCAGGGUUGCCGAUCGCCAGACAGCGCGCGCUCUCAGCAGGCGCACGACCAAAGAAGAAAAGGAUACGCAAAGUGGCUGACGCACCCGUGUAUUUUCAAUCAUCAACGACAUCUAUCUACAGCUAUUUUUUAGCAAAUCCAGAUCCAAACCCAAACAAGUAGUGUUAGGUAGAAGUAAGUAAGUAUGUUUUUACGACUCCUCCCGGUAAUUUAUUCAUAUGUGGCGCUUGGCAUCAAAAUGAACUUGGACAUCUACAUUCUUGCAAGUACGUAGCUGUAGCUGAAUACCUGUCUAUUUCAAUGUUCUGACCGAGAUCAAAAAUCCAAAAACAUGAUCAUGAACAAGAUUAACAUGGUAGAUAAUUCUAUUUCUACAAUAAAUCAGGCAUCUUGAGCCCGCUGAGAUUCGCCGACAGCGGGAGGCGCUGAAGCACGAGCGGCAGCACUCAAGGUUGAUAACGCGCCUGAGUGAUGAACAACACCUGUAUGAGGUCCGAAUGGCCUACGCAAGUGCCAAACUUCCUUCCAACUUUAUGUACAAGGCUAAAGCAGACGCAGAGAUCGUGUCCGUUUGCUUAUCGAUUUUCGUAGUUUGUUCCUAACUCAUUUUCGUAGUUUGUUCCUAACUGAGAACCAUCAUCUUCAUAGCAUCACCAUGAAGACCCUGAUGGUUGACCAAGUUGUAAUAGAUCCGUGAAAAGCCUACGUGAUUAUCCUUAUCGGUUGUGGAAUCGAUUUGGAUGUGAGCAGGCAGAAAUUGAGAUCUCUAAUGACCUGGCGAAGCGGCCGCAAAGCGCUGCACCCACAGUGGGCGGGCGCGCACCAGCACCGGAAAAAGAAGGUCACCAUCGAGUUAAGAAAACCGUUGGAGAAGUCGUAGCGCUUGCUCAAAUAAUGCACCAGGUGCACGAAAACAUUAUCUCGCAGCAUCCACGCGGAAAUGAGAUCGCGGCAGAGUACAGUUCUUUUUCUUUUUUGGGGUCGUUGGUAGAAUUAGAAUACAACCUAGUAGACGUUAUGUACUGUAUGUAACUCCAAGUAGCCUGUAACUCUGAUCGCUCCAGUUUCUAUUUGUUGUAGCUCAAAAAAAACUGGCAGAAUAGAGACUCACCUGUUUAUUCAUAUAUCAAGUUCAAAUUUUGGUCACUCAAAAUGAUAAUGAGGAUCGUUUUCAGCUACAUAUAUGCAGAAUUUUAGAGCGUAACGCGAUAGGAAUAAACAUCCGCCACCGUUUUAGUUGUGUUUAUUCCUAUCCUGACACCGAGCGACCCCGACGAUAGAGAGAAACGCGACGGGAGGAAUCAACGACGCCCCGAAUUGUGAAAAUCGUGCGCAGUUUUGCCUGUUCUGUGUGUUUAUUCCUAUCCCGAGAAAAGUUUCCUAGAUCGUGUUUUCGUCUAUCGUUCUGCAGUCGGUUUAGAGCGAAACUUGUGAAAUGGUUCGAAAUCGCAAAAGAUGCGAAGGUCGUUGGCACAAUUUACGUCGUAGACGGUCGGUUGAGGGUGUUCUGUCGUGCGAGUUGCGCCCAUGGCGUAGUCUGUGUGUUGAGGGUAUUUGUGGCCUUUUAGUCUGCUGAGAGGAUAACUUUUUGAGAGAGUUAAGAGGAUAGCCCGCUGAGGGUAUUGCCGUAGUGUUUCAGCAGUGUUCGGAGGUCGUUGGCACAAUUUGCGUCAUAGGUACUCUGCUCGAAAUGAAAUCUGUCGAGAGUAUUGGGCGGUGAGUCUGUUGAGGGUAUUGCGCUGACUCUGCUCGGAAUGAAAUCCGUCGAGAGUAUUGGGCGGCGACUCUGUUGAGGGUAUUGCGCAGCAUGUGAAAGAAGUGCACACGACGCCGAUGGGAGAGAAGUCCACACGACCCAGCGCCAAUCUGUUGGGGCUGUUUUAUUGCGAUCUGUUAGAGGUUCGCCGCGCUUGUCAAAGAGAAGAGACCGGGAGCUGUCUAGUCGAGUGCGGAGCCAUGCUGCAGCUGCUGCAUUGAGGGACGAACCUGCGCGGCUCUAUUUUUGUUUGAGAUUUUUGCUGGUUAUCGGUUGAGGCUUUAAGCCAGCCUCGCAAAUUUUGAGAGUUUCGAAUUAGGUAGGCGCCCAGAGGGGUCCACCGUGCGCCCAUCUGUUUGAGCUACUUAGUGGACAUCUGUGGGGGGUUGAGCUGAGCAAAAGUCUGGGCUUUAAAGUUGUUUGCGUUUCGUUAAGUAAUUGAGCGACUAAGACGCGCAGAACGUGACUCGCAGCGCACUGACGUGGCGACAUACUUAGUCCAUCGCUUCUCUUGCGUUUCGUUAAGUAAUUGAGCGACUAAGACGCGCCGGACGUGACUCGCAGCGCACUGACGUGGCGACGUACUUAGUCCAUCGCUUCUCUUUCAAAUCCAUCCAUGGCGUUGCUGCCCCCCUCCCUCCCCCCCUGUUGCGCAAGCGCGUCGAAGCAUAUGAGUGCAUGACUCGCCCGCGAGUACUAACAAUGCUCAUGAGGUACGCGCCGCAGUCAAAUAAAAGCACACACUUUCGCAGCUGUGAAAAUCUGCAACAUGCAACGCAUUGCCAUCUUGUUCGCCGCCACUGCUCCACACCGCGUUCGAUAGUUCUGUCGUUUCUCAUUGAUUUGGGGCGCAGUUUGUCGCGUGAAUCUGUCGCCGUUCCCUUGAAUGAUUGUUCGCUUAAUUAUCCUCAAAUGGUGCCCGUUCGGCCUUAUUUGAUUGUGUUAGAAUUGUAUGAUUGCGACGCAUAUAUUUGCGUCCUUCGCUACUGGUUAACGCUCCGAUUUAUGUUUGGUUCACCUGUUCAUUCCUAUCGUUCCGUUUCCACCUAAAGUUCUGCAUAUAUGCAUCAAUAUCACAUGAUCAUGUUCAUGAGCAUCAAAGAAGUUUGAAGAGAUGUACUUUGAUUUCCUCUAUUUUUCGAUCAGCAGGCUUUACCCCUCUCUGCAUCGGAAGAAUGAGCUGGAAACGCAGUUUGCAGAUGGCAUCGGCAAAAUGACUAAGAAGCAGAGUCUGAACAAAAUGAGGGCUUCUCGACGAAACAGUAACAGUUCCCGAUUGCGCCGCUCACGGAGCUUAAUACGCAGUCCUGGUCAACGCAGUGGGUCUUCUCCACUGCUGAGUCCCAGCAUGAGCCCGAAAUGAAGAUGUUCACGACUCGACGGAAACAUGAGUCCAUAUUUUUUUGAUCUCGAUGUCAUCAAUAUUUUCCUUGCGCAGCUUGUUUUUGCGCUCGUUGCUAAGAAUAAACUACUCAACGACUCAUAAUGCUGCGAUGUGACAGAAUUUUGACAACAUGCGUGAACCACAUACACCAGAGAGUAUUUUUAACUCUCGAUAUUUAUUCUGGUGUAGAAGUUUGUGUUUGCUUAUUUGUCCUUGAUGACGUCGUCCCGAAAACGAAAUCGAAUCCUAUUCUAAUUUUUUUCCCUUAUCAAUGCUUGGGCUUGGCGUGAUCAUGUUCGUUCACUUACUAUUACUUGCAUCUUUCGCCCAAAUCAACGUAUAAAUCGAUACGAAACCAAAGUUCGCUAAUGAUCGAUCAAUGACAAUGAAGAUAACUCUGUCAGCAUGCCGUUGUUGUGAUAGAGGCAAGCGACAGGAGAACAAGAAUUUGUUGAAUUUGCUUUCUCUCUUGUAACAUUUCAUCAAACAUCAAGCCAAAGAGCCCUUUCUUUUCUUUGCAGAAUUCGCAGUGCAUGAUGACAACACGUACAAGUAGUGUGUCGUAUCCGCGUGAGGGCAGGUAAUAGACGAGACAAGAAACACGAGAAUUAAUACACAACGCCCUCCUAUCAGGAGCAGCUAGAGGAGACAUCCUCGUCUAGCUUGAAGUUGAG